UCCAGAACAUACCCUAAACAGCGCAAGGAUUCAACAUUAAUUAACGUAUUCCACCUGAAGAUAGUCAACGAGGAAACGAUGAAAGGAUGACUGCGGGUGAGUACCAAGAGUAAACAAAAGCCAGCUGCUAUCUUUAGAAUCAACAAAUCAUACAUAUUCGACUAGAAUAGUAUGUUCCACUUACGGAUCAGGCAGUGCAUUGAAACAGGACUCCAGCUGAGAAUUCAUAAAACUGUUUUCGGACAUCACCAUUCCGACGCUAUGCCCCGAGAUCCCGUAGCACCCAGCUGUCGUUAGUGGA